UGAAAGACCAAUGUUUCACGUCAGCGGUUUUGUAUUUGUCCUGAUGGCUUUACAGGGAGGGUUAACAGUUAUUAUGGAUCGUUGAUUUGAUAUUGAAAAGAUGCUAGCUGCAAUUCAAAAAUACCAGGUGAAUAAUUACAUUAUGGUGCCGUCAGUCAUGAUGGAAAUGUCACAAACAGAAUUACACGAGAAAUAUGAUGUGUCAUCUUGGAAAACAUCGGUUACUGGUGGUUCAUCAAUUCCAACAUCGAUAAUGAAAGCUGUUAGAGAGCGAUUCAACCUUAACAUGAUUCCAAGUUACGGAAUGACGGAGUUUACUCCUAUAUCAGCAAACAACAAUGUGCAAUCGUUCGCCGAUGCGGUCGGUUCGAUCAGUGUCAAUGUUGAGAUGAUGAUUGUUGAUUCAAAUACCGGAAAAGAAUUGAAGUCUGGUGAAGAAGGUGAAAUUUUAGUGAAAGGCCCACAGAUGACUAAAGGAUAUUACAGAAAUAGAGAAGCUACAGAACAAACAAUAAAUAAAGACGGAUUUCUCCACACCGGUGAUAUAGGGAAUAUUAGGAACGAUAUGCUAUAUGUAGUUGGUCGUCUCAAGGAAGUUAUCAAGUACAAAAACUAUCAGGUACCGCCAGCUGAAAUAGAAAAUAUUCUCUUGAGACAUCCUGGCGUUAAAGAUGUUGGAGUGGUUGGAAUUCCUGAUCAACUUUGUGGAGAAAUACCAAAAGCUUUAGUUGUACGAAAACUUCCAUCCCUCAACUCUGAUGAACUUCUUGAGCUUAUUAAAAGAGAACUUGUCGACUACAAACAGUUAAGAGGUGGCAUCCAAUUUGUCGACAAAAUACCGAAAUCAAAGCUGGGAAAAAUUGAUCGCAUAGCGUUGAAGAAAUUGACUACGCAAUAGAAUUAUUGAAGUGUUUGCGUCUGCAUAUUUUCUAAGCAUCCAAUUUAUUGUUAGGAAAGAAUUCAACAAUGCAAAAUAAUACAAAUUAUGGCCGGAAUAUAAUAAUAACAAUAUAAUUAAAUGCAAUUUCUCCGCGUAGGAGUCAAAUACUUUGCUUAUAGUUGUAAAGAGACUAAUAGGGCAAUUUUUGCCAAGAUCGAUCGAUCACCGCUAUUUUUAA